CUCUCAAUUUCUCAUCGCACACACAUUGACUGACACACACACUUUGAGUAGAGCGCCAAAAUCCAUCGAAUACAACCCGAAUGGAUCCAUAUGAUUCGGAUCCCCGAAUCAAUCCUGACCGCUCGUUCAUUAUUCCAACGGCUCAGAUCAGUCUGCUAAGUCGUUAACCCUAUUUUCUGCCUCUAGUGGUUUUUAUCAUAAACCCUAGCCCCCACGAUAGAGAUUGGUAGCUUCACUCUUUCGAUUCCCCUUCCCCUUCUCUCUCUCUCUCUCUCUCUCUGCAACUACAACGACUCCAUCAAGAUUUACGUGAAACGCAUUAAACCCUUCGAUGUCUUCUUUCUAGAAAGAAGAACCCUCUUUCUCUCUCUCUCUCUCUCUCUCUCUUCGUACAUAGAACACCGAUCUUAGUUUUCAAGAUUUUUUUCUUUCUUUCUUUCUCCUUUUCUUUUAAAGAAUCGUGGGAUUUUCGAUUUUGCGUUUCUGGGUUUUUAUGGUCUCUGUUAAUCUGAUUCCGAUUCUUGAUGGGUUCCUUGUAUUUUUAAUUAUGUGGGUCUGAAUCCGAGUCGGGUGAACGGUAUUUAUUUUUAACUCGCUGAGUUGUUGUUUCUAGAUCUGAGCAAAGGGCAUGGUCUUUGGCGAUUCUUUCUUCCCUCUGUGUUUUUUGACGUAGAAGAGUCGUGUACGGUGCACCAACUUGGUUUUUUCUGUUGGAAGCUCGUUGACUCGGUGUUUCUGACUAGGUGACUCAGUGAGUUUUGGGUGGGAAGAUCGAGCCGCGUGUAGGGCUGAGCAGGAACCGAGCGGCAAUAAUGCCGUCGGUUGGGAUGCGUCGUACCACUAGGGUGUUUGGGGUGGUGAAGGGCGUCGAUGGGGCCCGGGUUUUACGUUCGGGGAGGCGUCUCUGGCCGGGAUCAAGCGACUCCAGGUUCAGGAGAGCCAACGAUGGCGACGAGUGGUUACAUACCAUGAUAAAAUCAACCGCUACUAACAAGAAUCACCAUAACAAUAGUUCUGUCAAGUACAAAGAAAACGUAUGGACUCCCCAUGAUUCGAAAUUGAAGCAACAAGCGCCUGCUGUUGAUGCUCGAGUGCCCAAGAGAGUGAAGAACGAGAAUUUGAAAGAUACUGAGAACAAGAUGUUCGGGGUUGUUUAUAGUAGGAAAAGAAAGAGAAUGGGUGUAGAAAGCCAGGAUAACUCUGGGAAAAUGUAUGGGAUUCAGUUUUCGAGAAGGCAGCGUAAGAAGCAAGGGGAUGGUGACAGUUUUGUGGGUUUUGAGCGGGCGCUUCUUGUUGUUGUUCUUGAGGGCUAUUGCAGUAGUGGGUUAACUCCUUUUCUGAAUUUGGUUUUGGGGUAUGUUAGGAGGGCUAGUUUGAGGAUUUCCGAACUUACUACUUUCUUGUCGUCCGAGCCUGUUAACAGUGCCUUUGCUUCAAAUGGAAUUCGUUUUCUGCAGGAUACACCUGCUAAGAGAACUGGAAUUUGCAAGAUUUUCGGGGUUCUGAGUAAUGUGCCAAUAUUUUCUUUGGAUUUUUCUGCAAUUCCUUUCUGUUUUGUGUAUAUGCACCUCUGUUUGCUACUUAGAGUUAAGUGUCUGUCUCUCGCACCUGUGAAUACCUCUUUGGACGAGGACUUAUGUGAUGAGAUGAUGAGCGAAGAUGAUCAUUUAUGUGGUCUUUUGAAGACUGACACAGCACCAGAAACUGAUAAUUCUGGAAAUAAGAUGGUGUUACAUCCAUCUGUGAGAGCGUCCAAAUUAGCUGGCCGGAACAACCAAUACCGAAGUGGCUUAAAUUCUCGUGGCAUUCAAAAGAGGAGGAGUUCACUUAGGAGGAGGAAAGCUAGAAAUCCUUCCCUGGUUGGUGUGCACAAAGCUAAUGGUGCUUCAGUUUCAGAUCUAUUAAGUAGUAGGAAAAUUGGUAUCCCUUUUUCUUCAGCAGUGUCUAAGAACAAGCUUAGGAGUUCAUUGCGGAGUAGCGCCACAAGAAACCUCCAUGAAGUAAGUCCUAGCAUGGUUGAAGUAACUCAGACCAUGGACUCAUUAAACUGCUCUGCUAAUGUACUGGUUGUUGAAUCAGAUAGAUGUUACAGGAUAGAAGGGGCCACCGUUACUUUAGAAAUCUCUGAUUCAAAAGAGUGGUUGCUUGUAGUGAAGAAAGAUGGGUUGACGAGUUACACACACUUGGCACAAAAGAAUAUGCGACCUUGUUCUUCGAAUCGUAUCACUCAUGACAUAAUAUGGACAGGGGAGGAAAGUUGGAAGCUAGAGUUUUCUAAUCGAAAUGACUGGCUCAUUUUCAAGGAUCUUUAUAAGGCAUGUACUGAUCGCAACAUAUCAGGUCCUGUCUCUAAAGCCAUUCCUGUGCCUGGAGUAUGUGAAGUUUUUGGAUAUGAAGAGGACAAUAGUAUGCCCUUUUCUAGACCGGAAGCAUACAUUUCUUUAAAUAAUGAUGAGGUAGCUAGAGCUCUGGCUAGGAAGACUGCAAUUUAUGACAUGGAUUCUGAAGAUGAGGAAUGGCUGAAAAAGUUCAAUGAUGAUAUAUUUGUUGAAACUGAGCAACAAGAGCAUCUUUCAGAGGAUAAUUUUGAGUUAAUAAUUGAUGCCUUGGAGAAGGGUUUUUAUUGCAAUCCAGAUGAUUUUGCAGAUGAGAAAGCAGCUGUAAAUCUGUGUAUAGAUUUGGGUAGGAGGGAAGUAGCUGAAGCUGUGUAUGGUUAUUGGAUGAAAAAACGGAAGCAGAGACGAUCAGCACUUCUUAGGGUUUUUCAGGGACAGCAAUCAAAAAAAGCUCCACUGAUUCCAAAACCUGUUCUACGUAAGAGAAGGUCAUUCAAGCGGCAAGCCAGCCAAUUUGGAAGAGGCAAGCAACCUAGUCUGUUGCAAGUAAUGGCUGCUGAACAUGAUGCUUUGGAAGAACAGAAUGCUAUGCGUAAAGUAGAGGCAGCUAAAACUUCAGCGAAGAGAUCUGUGGAAUCAGCUAUUCUUAAACGCCGACGGGCUCAGAUUCUUAUGGAGAAUGCUGAUUUAGCAAUUUACAAAGCUACAAUGGCACUCAGAAUUGCUGAAGGUGCCCAACUGGUCAAUUCAACGGAUGUUGCUGUCCAACACUUAUUUGAUUGUCAGGCAUAGGUGUAUUUAACGCUUUUUAAGAUGGCCAGUUACAUUUAUUGAAAGCAGGACAACAUCGUAGACAACCUUGGUCAAUUCAACAGCUGUUUUGAAGCCCUGGAGAUAACCUUUUGCAGAAAGUAUUGUAAUUUUGUAUAGAUUUUUUUAUUGAAUGUACAUUCUGUAUUAUUAUAACCUCACACCAAAUGAUUUUAACAAGGGGAUUUGGUUGAUUUCCUUGUGUAAAAAAUGGGGAGAGAAAAAAAAAUCAUAAGUUUACAGGAAAA